CUUGAUACUCAUACUACAUAGUCUUUGACAUGUAUGUAGGUCAAGCACGACCAACUGCUCAACCAAAGUUGGUACGACUUAAGUAACUGAAUAAGGUUACGUAGAUCCACACCCGAAGGUCCUCCCAAGCAUUCCUAGCGUAUCUCCACAUUUUCCUCUAGCACCUCCGAUUCAUGGUAUAAUUCUCUGAUGCGGUCCUCCUUGUUCAACUUCUUCCAUCCCUACCCUACCACUUUUUCCUCAUGCAGUCGAUGCACAUGCAGAUUCCCUUCAUAUAAUAUUCUGCUCCCAUCAGCUCAUUAUAUCUGAACCGGCCUCCAGACGAGAAUUCGAGACUCCUCAAUACGCUUAUUACGCCAAUACAACCCUCCCUGCCUACUUAUAACCGGUCUACUGUACGUCUAGUGGCGUAGACAAAGAAAAGAAAAAAAAAUCUGCGAAGCAAACUUCUUGAGGGAAGAGAAGAAGAAGAAGAAAAAUAUCAGGAGGAAAGGAAAGGCGCUGCCUGCCGUCAUAACACUUGACGCUUGCUCUCUCGCUCCAGCAUAUCAUCAGCUUAAGACCGAGCGCCAAGUGUUGUGUCAGCUAGUCGUAAGGUCGAUACUAAGUUGUGAAGCAAUGGUCCUAACAAAGCAGAGAUUACCCCGAAACCCGGAUGACUUCCCAACUGUUCAGCUUUUUCUAUUAGCUAUCGUCCGCCUUGCUGAGCCUAUCGCUCUAACUUCCAUUUUCCCCUAUGCCUGGGCCCUUGUUAAACGCUUCAAAAUCGGCAACGAGCAAGAUGCCUCGUUUUACGCCGGUCUCCUUAUUUCCUCAUUCUCGCUCGCCGAGGCCUUGAUGGGCAUGUUUUGGGGUGGCCUGUCUGACAGAGUUGGUCGGAAACCUGUCCUUCUAGUAGGAUGUAUUGGCACGAUGUUCAGCAUGGUUAUGGUCGGCUUUGCCACUAACCUCUGGGUUGCCUUGAUCGGCCGAGCACUCGGCGGACUUCUCAAUGGAAAUAUCGGUGUGAUCCAAACAAUGGUUGGAGAAUUGGUCAGCAAACCCGAGCAUGAGCCUCGCGCUUAUUCCGUGAUGCCGUUCGUCUGGUCCAUCGGAACCAUAAUUGGUCCAGCAAUUGGCGGAAUGCUGGCAGAUCCCCAUGAGACUUGGCCAAGCACGUUUCCAGAAGGCACCCUACUCGCUAAUUACCCCUAUCUUCUUCCCAAUCUUUGCUGUGCUGCUCUUCUACUGAUUAGCAUUGGCCUUGGGUACUUCCUGCUCGAAGAGACGCAUCCUGACAUGAUACCGCGAGUUAUGCUUCCCGAUGACACUUACGUCUCCGACGAAACACCUCUUAUCGAAACGUCUGACGCUAUUAAGCAACCAGCUGUUGAUCUGCGCUCCGAAACCUACGGAACUUUCCGAGGUAGUAUUGAAUUGAACCGUGAUUCGGUCUGUGUAAAAGAGCCGGAGAAGAAGGGAAAUUUCAACAUCUUCACUAAGCGCAUUAUGGCCCUAGUUAUCGCGCUUUCGAUUUUCACUUAUCAUUCGAUGACUUAUGACCAUCUUUUACCAAUCUUUUUUGAAGAUGAGAGAGUUCCAGUAGACCACCUCCCGGAAGAGGGUUUUCUGUCAAAAUUUAACCCCUUAUACUCACCUGGUGGCUUAGGUCUUUCGAUGCAGUCCGUGGGGUUUGUCAUGGCUAUAAACGGGGCCAUUGCACUCUUCAUCCAGGUCGUUGUAUUCCCUCUAGCUGCCGAGAGGAUUGGCGUUUAUAAACUCUUCAUCCUUGUUGCUGUCCUACACCCAAUUGCCUACGUUAUUGUUCCAACGUUGGUACACUUACCGGACUCCCUUCUAUACCCCGGGAUCUACUUUUGCUUGACUAUCCGGAACAUCUUCUCAAUUAUCAUAUAUCCUCUCCUUCUUAUACUUAUCAAGGAAGCUACUCCUAGCUCGUCUAUUCUCGGGAAGGUGAACGGCCUUGCAGCCAGCGCUGGUGCGGCUUGCCGUAUGAUCGCUCCACCUGUCGCUGGCUAUCUCUAUUCGAUCGGAUCACAAAUUGAUUGCACUGGCCUUGCUUGGUAUGGAAGUGCUCUUGUUGCCAUUAUAGGCGCAUUUCAGUGCUUUUCCGUCAAGCGAAACCGGAAUGAAGCCGCCCCGGAGGAGGCAGGACUCGACCCCAAGGGACAGCGUGGGUUGGUGACAGUUGUGGAGGUAAACGAUGACGAACACGAUAACGAAUAGGCGGAGCCAUGGACGAUGGUACUGCUGGGUAUUCGCCUACAAGCAAUAAAUUGUUUGCUUGUUGGUCGCCCACAUGAAAAGUCGAUGAAUUAUGGCCCAUUCAUGCGCUUGUUUAUGAGUGCGGAAAUGGAUCAUUGCAAGUUCGGCGUUAUAUGCGUAUUGGCUCGGCGUUUUAAGGAAAGGUCUGGGAAAACAAAUCGGGGUUGGGCUUGGUAUGCAACGAUAUCCUCCGACGAGCUCACGGAUAGAAUAUGGUUUACGUUAUAUAUCAUAUUUGCUGCAUGUCGGGUGUUCAGCGAAGUAGCGUGUCUAUAUGGUUGAGUUAGUUAGCAUAUCGGAACAAUCGUUAAACUAGAUAAUAAUAUAAUGGUGUUAAACUUGGAAA